CACAAUAAGUCAAUAGAACACAUUCAUUAAGUGAUGGCUUUAAAAUUCAGUAGAUUGUUUAGAAACUUAAAUAGAAUUAACAGCAAGAGAUGCGUAUCCCAAUAUUAUCCCAUUGAUGAAUACAUUUUCGGACUAACAAAUGAACAAAUACAACUCAGAGAUGCAGUCUUUAACUUUGUCCAAAAAGAGUUGGCGCCAAAAGCCAACGAAAUCGAUAAGAACAAUAAGUUUGACGACUUGAGGAAUUUUUGGAAGAAAUUGGGAGACUUAGGUUGUUUAGGAAUUACUGUUAGCAACGAAUAUGGAGGCACAGGUGGUACCUACACGGAUCAUGUCAUUAUUAUGGAGGAACUAUCCAGAGCCUCCUCAGCUAUAGGGUUAAGUUAUGUAGCCCAUUCUAAUCUCUGUGUGAAUCAGAUCCACCUAAAUGGUACCGAAAAACAGAAACUGAAAUAUUUGCCAAAGUUAUGCUCAGGAGAACACAUCGGAGCUUUAGCGAUGUCUGAACCAGGAUCAGGAUCUGAUGUCGUUUCUAUGAAACUGAAAGCAGAGAAAAAAGACGAUUGUUACGUGUUAAAUGGAAACAAAUUUUGGAUUACAAACGGUCCUGACGCUGACGUAUUAGUAGUGUAUGCAAAAACAGAUCCAAAGUCAAAAGACCAAAAACACGGCAUUUCUACCUUUAUCAUAGAAAAAGACUUUGAAGGCUUUAAGACGGGGCCAAAAUUGGACAAGUUGGGAAUGAGAGGAUCAAACACUAGCGAGCUUAUUUUUGAGGACUGUAAAGUGCCGAAGGAGAAUCUCUUGGGCACUGAAAACCAGGGGGUUUAUGUCCUUAUGAGAGGCUUGGAUCUGGAAAGAUUAGUUUUGGCGGCUGGUCCGUUAGGCAUAAUGCAGGCGUGCUGUGAUGUUGCUUUUUCCUACGCCCACGUCAGAAAACAGUUUAACAAAAGGAUUGGGGAGUUUCAGUUGUUACAAGGAAAAUUAGCAGACAUGUACGUAACCCUGAGCGCCUGCAGGAGUUAUUUAUACAGCGUGGCAAGAGCAUGUGAUAAUAAAAGAGUGAACAGCAAAGAUUGCGCUGGUGUACUUUUGUACUGCGGCGAAAAAGCAACGCAAAUGGCUUUGGAUGCAAUUCAAAUAUUAGGUGGAAACGGCUACAUAAACGAUUAUCCGACGGGAAGGCUGCUGAGAGAUGCAAAAUUGUAUGAAAUUGGAGGAGGGACGUCUGAAAUUAGAAGACUGGUCAUAGGCAGGGCUCUAAAUUCAGAAUACUCAUAAAAUAUAUAUUUAUGCAGUAACAAUAAUAAUAUAAAUAUAAUGUGUACAAUAACAACAA